AUGACUCUUCUCAACACACUCAUCUGUCUAGCAUGCAGCUUCAUCACCUGCAUCCACCCUUGCGAUGCUGCUCCUCUCCUUCCCACCUGCUCAUCUAAUACUCAAUGCUCUUCCUCAAAUGCUCUCCAAGUCAACCUUCCUCUUGGCCCCGUCCUAGGCACAAGCACGUCUUACUCGGCACAACGAUUCACUCUACCCUACGCACAACCGCCGGUCGGCCCUCUGCGUUUUGCUUCCCCUCAACCCCUCACUUCAUUCAAGACCUCCGGAGUCUACGAUGCAACGCAUCUUCCUCCCGCGUGUAUGCAAAGCCCCGAUUCAAGAUACAAGAUCGACAAUGUCAGCGAAGAUUGUCUUUACCUCAACAUUUACCGCCCCGCUCCUAGCUCUGGGAGUGGUUCGAAGCCGGUGUUGGUCUGGUUACAUGGAGGAAGCUUUGUUUCUGGCUCUGCCGCUGCUCCUGGUUUGGAUGGCUCGUAUCUGGCUUCGCAAAACAAUGUGAUUGUUGUCACGAUCCAGUAUAGAUUGGGAAUGUUCGGGUUCUUCUCCCCAGCAGGCGCUACCGACGAAGCUUCAACGUCGAGAGAAAAAGUACAAGGAAAUCAGGGAGUGAGAGAUGCAAUGCAAGCAUUGCAUUUCAUCAAAUCCAACAUUGCUGCUUUUGAUGGUAAUCCUAACGCUGUUACGCUGGCAGGUCAGAGUAGUGGAGCACACCUGAUUCGAUCGCUUCUCAACUCCCCCUCUGCUUCUCCACUCUUUUCCCGGGCUAUUCUGCAUUCUGAUCCGGCCAAUUUCGGGACUCAAACCCUCAGCACUAGCCAUGGUGUUAGUCAAUUUGCGAUGGAACAGACGGGCUGUAGCAACUUAGCUUGCUUGCGGGGUCUCUCGGCGGAAAAAGUGUUGGAUGCAAGUUCAGCAACAGCACAAGCAGGACAAGGGAUCGACGAAGCAGUAGCUGUCUCUGAAGUUUUUCGUCCCUUCGUCGGUGCCCUUACCGGUUCCGCAUUCGAAGCUAGCCCAGGCGCGAGUGGGAAACCAAUCAUCUUGACCAAUGUCGAAAAUGAAGCUGGGUCAACAGUUGGGCAAAUGCUCCUCCCCACUUCUCCUGGAGCAGAUUCGGCUCAGCUUCGCGCCUAUCCCAUCUCUUUACCGCGUGACCAACUGCUGGAGCAGAUGUUCAACGGUGGUCGAGCCUCGGCUCUCUCCUCGGCAGCACAGUACGGUAUGGAGACCAACACUUCCGCUUACCCACUGGCAGCUCGAGUCCAGCCUUACUCCAACGCGAACGACGGUCUGCGUAGAAACCUUGAAACAAUCCUCGGCCAAGGCAUGUUCACCUGUCCGAACUGGUUCAAUGCUCUUCGACACUCUUCUAAUGCCUUUAUCGCGCUUUUUGAGAGGGGUAUUACUUAUCCUUCCAACGCUGGUAAUGAUUACUGCAACCAAGAGGGGAGGAUAUGUCACGAAGAUGACAUCCAACUGGUGUUUAUUGAUCCCAACAAGGUUGCAGCUGAAGUGGCGAGGACCGUGAGGGAAGUUCAAGCAAGAUGGAUUGCGUUUGUAAGGAGUGGGAAUCCGAAUACAAGCAGGUACCCAGGUUGGACUACAGCGGGAGGAAACACGGCGGUUAGCGCCAAGGUGAUGAGGCUAGGAAUGUAUGGCGGGGGAAGUGGGGGAUCGAUGCUGGACACGAUAUCUUUGCAGGCGGGGCAGUACGCUGGAUGUGGUCAGGUGUGGGGUGGUAAAAUCAAGUUUGAUUGGCAGAUGUAUGGGUGA